UCCGACUUUCUGCCUAAAAUGGUAAACACCUACGUUCGUGGGCUUGGAGUGACGGAAAGCCCACUUCUAAAAGCUCAGCCCAAUAAAUAUAAACUUUAGACUUGCUUCUUCCUCCAUCCACAAUUUGUGGAAUCAAAAUGCACUCGUGUUGAUUUCGAGAGACUUAUCAUCCGUAAAAUUGAAUCGAAAGUUGUACUAGGAUUCAGACACGUUAUUUGUUUUUGCAAUCGAGGCUGGUUCACGAUCUCAACCAAACAUGUUUGUUUUAACUCUUCAUCCUUUAACAAAUUAUGGAAUCAGAGUGCACGUGGUGAUUUCGAGAUAUUUUUAGUUGAAUCGGAAGUCAUGUCAAAUGUAUGUUAGUGAUUUUAGUGAUACAAAUAUGGUUCAAUAAAUCAUGUAUCGAAAAAUUAUCUUAAAUAAAAUAGUAUAUUCUACUAGUAUCAUUUUCACUCCAGAUAUAUCGGGUAAAAUUAAUUAGACAUGCCACUUUACUUUUUCAUAGUAAUAUAUCGGAUAAAAGUAUUUUGUAAAUAGUAAUUACUGAUUAGGCACGACGACAAGUUGCUAACUAAUUGAAUUACUUGUUCCUCCAUCCUUAGAAAUAGUAACUCAUCACUACUCCUUAAAAAAAAAAAGGCAAGAACAAGACUGGCCGAAUAUAGUAAGUUACCACACCAAAAAAGGUAGCAGUAAAUUAAAUAGACUACAGCAACUAAUAAUAGGCGACCAAGUUAUCCAAAAUAAGCACCAAAUACCAUAACCCCAAAUCAAGACCCAGUCCCACGGCCUCAGCUUCAUCCUCGCACUCUCAUGCUUCUCUGGUUUUCCCCCCUUCACUUCCUCUUUUCUAGCGGAGCCUUUCCACGUCACCAUCAUCGUUUCCUCACUAGUUUUACGUAUAACAUAUAAAUACCACCUCUCCUCCUCCCUAAUCCUCCAUCAACAACAAAUAAGUAAAACACACUUCAUACACAUUUCCAAUAAACACCUCAAUAAUAACAAUAAUAAUAAUAAUAAUCCCCACCAUUCACAAUACCAUAAACAAAAUCCGCCACUAGAAUAAAAAUCAUACAAUAAUGGCGGUGAACAAGAAAGCAAUCGGAAUAGGAGUCUCCAUCAUCCUCGUGGUCGGAGUCUGCAUCGGCGUCAUCGCCAGCGUCUCCAAGACCCACGGCAAGGGCGCCCCCGACGGAGGCGGCGGCGACGACAACGCCGCCGCCCUCUCCUCCGCCUCCAAGCAAGUGGCCGCCAUCUGCGUCUACACCGACCACGCCGAACAAUGCGUGGACAGCAUGAGCUCCGUCGCGGGCAACGAGAGCGCCACACCGAUCGACUACCUCAAAGCCGCCAUCAACUACACAAUCACCCACGUGAAACACGCGGCCUACAGCACGGCCGUGCUGCAGAACCAAACCACGGGAGGGAAAAACAACAACAACAAGAACAACAUGACGCAGGAGCUGGCGUUCAAGUACUGCGGGGAGCUGCUGGACCUGUCGGUGGACGAGCUCCAGAACUCGCUGGCGUUCCUCGGGACGGCGGAGCAGACGACGGACGUGGUGGAGAUGGAGCAGGAGAUCAGGAACUGGCUGAGCGCCGUGAGGGCGUACCACGGGACGUGCGUGGACGGGUUCGAGGGCACCGGAGACCUCCACAAGGGGGUCUCCGACGGUCUGUUGAACUCAACCCAGCUCACCAGCAACGCGCUGGCGAUAUUCGCCAGCGUGUCGAGCAUCCUCGCGAACUUCAACCUGACCGCCGCCUACGACGGCCUCAUCGACGGGCCGAAGAGCCGCCGUCGUCUCAGUCUCAGGAGGAGGAUACUGGAGGAGGGAAUCCCCCGCGGGGGCCGCGGGGGGUUCCCUCACUGGUUGUCCACACAGGACAGGAAGCUGUUGCAGGCCGGUCCUCCCAAGCCCGACGCCGUCGUGGCUCAGGACGGGAGCGGGCAGUUCAGGACCAUCACGGCCGCACUGGCUGCUUACCCUAAGGGCCCGCUCAACGGAGGGAGGUACGUGAUCUACGUGAAGGCCGGGAUCUACGAUGAGUACAUCACGAUUACGAAGAACCAGCCGAACAUCUUUAUGUAUGGCGACGGUACGCGCAAGACCGUCGUCACGGGCAACAAGAGCAACAAGGGUGGCUUCCCCACUUGGGGCACUGCUUCCUUCGCGGUGAUCGGGAACGGGUUCAUCUGCAGGGACAUGGGAUUCCAGAACACGGCCGGCGCGAUAGGGCACCAGGCGGUGGCGCUGAGGGUGCAGUCCGAUAGGUCGGUAUUCUACAACUGCAGGAUGGACGGGUACCAGGACACGCUGUACCAGCAGGCGCACUAUCAGUUCUACCGUAACUGCGAGAUCUCGGGGACGGUGGACUUCAUCUUCGGGGACGCGUCGGCCGUAAUCCAGAACAGUAAGAUCGUAGUCAGGAAGCCGAUGCCGGGCCAGGCGAACACCGUGACGGCCCAGGGGAAAACAGACAAGAACGAGGUGACCGGGACCGUCAUCCAGAACUGCGCGAUCGUGCCUGAAAAGGAACUCGCGCCCGUGACGGCCCAGUUCCCUUCGUUCCUCGGGAGGCCGUGGAAGCAGUACUCGACCACGGUCAUCAUGCAGACCGCGAUCGGCGGGUUCAUCAACCCGGCCGGGUGGAUGCCCUGGCCCGGGAGCAGCUACUUCGACACGCUUUUCUAUGCGGAGUUUGGGAACCGGGGCCCGGGUGCCAAUACGGACCAGCGGGUCAAGUGGAAGGGGUUCCGAGUCCUUACCCCUGAUCAGGCGAACCAGUACACGGUCGGACCGUUCCUUUUGGCUAACCAGUGGCUACCCAACACCGGAUUGCCUUUCACCACCGGCAUGGGACCUUGAUUUAUAUAAUUUUUUUUGAAAUAUUAUUCUUUGGUUCUUUCUAGAUAUUAUUUUUGUAGUUGAUGAUUCAUUUUACACCCGCUCCAUGUCAAACCCUUCUCCCCCCUUUUUUCCCCCCUUCCACAUGCAUGGAAUUUUGAAUAAAUAUUGAUUCAUUCAAUAUACAUAAUGAUGAAUUCAAGUUAAUUAAUGAUCAAUUCAUUGGUAAUUUUUUUUUUAAUUCUUGCCUUCUUAAUUAUGAUGAUCAUAUUCAUAUCACUCAAUGCUUUUGAUAAGGAUUAACUAGUGUAUGUCUAUCACAAAUUGAGUAAUUUCUCGAGUGAGUUUAGCCGACAAAUACGAUCAACCCAUUUAAUUAUAGAAUAAGCGAUAUCUAUCGUG